AUGGCUGAAGAGGAGGAAACCAGGGAGGUGCUCUUCUCUGACUGGUCGGGUCCAGAGAAACAGGGAAUGACCCUUGAGCAGUCAGGCGAAGGAGAGAUCUAUGUCAAAGAGGUGAAAAUGGAGUCGCCUGCUGGACGCACUGGAAGAGUACACGAGGGUGAUCAAAUUGUGGGUGCCACCAUUUACUUUGACAACAUGAGUUCUGAGGAGACAGCGGAGCUCCUCAAGACCCUAAACAAACACAAGGUUGGUCUGAAACUACAGAACAAGGACAAGUCACCAUGCCGCUCCCCCAUGGGCACUAUGUCACCCUGCCGCUCCCCAAUGGGAACUCUGACGUAUGAAGGGAAGGGGAGGUUUGGAGGCUCCAGCCAAGACAGUAUCCUGAGUGGGGAUGAUGAAGAUUACAAGAGAAUAUAUUCCAAGAAGAUUAAGCCCCGACUGAAGUCUGAGGAUCUGGCUGAGGGCGUGGACGUCCAUACGGAGCGCCACAGCAGCACCAGCACUGACGGCAGCACGAUCACCACUAUCACCCGUCGCAUCACUACCUACUCUGUAGAUAUGCCAGGGGGCGUGGACGAGCAGCUUGAGCUCACCGGGCCAGAGUUCAAAGGGAAACGAUACGAGCAGUCAGAAGGGGGCAGCUCGUCUCAAAUACGAGUUUUACACGGAAGCGGAAGCUCUUCAGGUAUAGGAGGUGGAUUGGAGGGGGGUGAUUUUGAACUAGGAGGUGAUGGUGUUUCCUUCACUGGGCCGCAUGUAACUAGCUCUUCUGAGAAGCACUGGAGCACUGGAGGGGUGAAAACCACCACUAUUACGAGGGAGAUAGAGGGCGGAGAUGGUGGAGCAGCAGGGAUCAGAUUCAAAGGACCUAACUUUGGAAUGUCGGGGGCGAAGGGUCAGCGGGAGUUUGGCCUCUAUAGAGGGGGUCAGCAGGGAGACGGGAGCGUUCAGGUUUCAGGUGACUCAGCUGACUACCAGGCAGGAUCAGUCAAUGUCACGAUCCCUGGAAGAACAACAAAUAUUUCCUCCAGCUCCAUAUCAAUGGGUAAAGGGGAGGUGAGAGGAGUAGACGUUAAUUUGCCUGGUAGAGGCAGUGCAGACUGGCAGGGUAGGGUCGGAGGUUCAGUACCUGGAAUAACCAUUAGUGAUCAACAGAUGAGAGAGUCUGGGAUCGUAGGUCACUCCGAAGGCAACCAGGGUGGGGUUUCCUUACCCAGCAUGCCAGGCAUUGAUACAGGGUUGAAUGGAGGCAAGAUAUCAACAGACAUAAGAGCACCAAUACUUGACAUCAGUAUCCCAGGCAUGAAGGAGUCUGGCUCAGUGAAAACGUCUGUAAAAGGACCGUCAGUAAAAGGAACGACCAUUGAAAAUGAAAGCAAACUUAAAGGUGGCAUCAAAAUGCCAUCAUUUGGACUGAACACUGCAGGUACAGAAAGCGAUGGAGAUGUUAAACUACCGAAGGUGAAGGGUAGUGUAGAUGUUUCGGUUCCCGGAGUAGAUGUAGAUGUAUCAGGCCCAUCUAUGAAUGUUAAAGAAGGAAAGAAGAUAGGUGGUAUUGAUAUCAAAGCACCUAAAGUAGACAUUAACGUUUCAGGUGUUGAUGUUCAUGAUCCAGAAGGCGGAUUCAAGAUACCCAAAGUAAAGAUGCCAUCAUUUGGAAUCAAAGGAGCGGGACGUGAGGGACCAGAUGUUGAUGUCAACCGACCAAAAACUGACAUUGACAUCAAGUCUCCCAAAGUGGACAUUAAAGGUCCAGAACUUGACAUUGAAGGUCCAGAUGGUAAAAUCAAAGGGUCAAAAUUCAAGAUGCCGACAAUAUCAGGACCAAACAUCUCAAUGCCCGACGUGGACUUCAAUCUGAAAGGUCCAAAGAUGAAAGGAGAUUUUGAUGUGUCAGGAGACCUCAAAGCACCCAAAGUAGACAUUGAAGGUCCAGAUGUUGACAUUGAAGGUUCAGGAGGAUUUAAGAUGCCAAAGAUGAAGAUGCCGUCAUUUGGAUUCAAAGGACCUAAACUGGAGGGGCCAGAUGUUAAUCUCAACCUUCCUAAAGCUGACACUGACAUCAAUGCUCCCAAUGUUGACAUUAAAGGUCCAUCAAUAUCAGGACCAAAGAUCUCCAUGCCCGAUAUGGACUUCAAUCUGAAAGGUCCAAAGAUAAAGGGAGAUUUCGAUGUGUCAGGACCCAAGAUAGAAGGAGACCUCAAAGCACCCAAAGUAGACAUAGAGAGGGCAGAUCUUGACAUUGAAGGUUCAGGAGGAUUUAAGAUGCCAAAGAUGAAGAUGCCAUCAUUUGGAUUCAAAGGACCUAAAUUGGAGGGUCCAGAUGUUGAUGUUAACCUACCAAGAGCUGAUAUAGACAUCAAAGCUCCCAAAGUGGACAUUAAAGGUCCAGAACUUGACAUUGAAGGUCCAGAUGGAAAAAUCAAAGGGCCAAAAUUCAAGAUGCCAUCAAUUUCAGGACCGAAGAUCUCCAUGCCUGAUGUGGAUUUCAACCUAAAAGGUUCAAAGAUGAAAGGAGAUUUCGAUGUGUCAGGGCCCAAGAUAGAAGGAGACCUCAAAGCACCCAAAGUAGAGAUAGAAGGGCCAGAUCUUGACAUUGAAGGUUCAGGAGGAUUUAAGAUGCCAAAGAUGAAGAUGCCAUCAUUUGGAUUCAAAGGACCUAAAUUGGAGGGUCCAGAUGUUGAUGUUAACCUACCAAGAGCUGAUAUAGACAUCAAAGCUCCCAAAGUGGACAUUAAAGGUCCAGAACUUGACAUUGAAGGCCCUGAUGGUAAAAUCAAAGGGCCGAAAUUCAAGAUGCCGUCAAUGUCAGGACCAAAGAUCUCCAUGCCCGAUGUGGACUUCAAUCUGAAAGGCCCAAAGAUGAAGGGAGAUUUCGAUGUAUCAGGGCCCAAGAUAGAAGGAGACCUCAAAGCACCCAAAGUAGACAUAGAGGGGCCCGAUGUUGACAUUGAAGGUUCAGGAGGAUUUAAGAUGCCAAAGAUGAAGAUGCCAUCAUUUGGAUUCAAAGGUCCUAAAUUGGAGGGUCCAGAUGUUGAUGUUAACCUACCAAGAGCUGAUAUAGACUUUAAAGCCCCCAAAGUGGACAUUAAAGGUCCAGAACUUGACAUUGAAGGCCCUGAUGGUAAAAUCAAAGGGUCGAAAUUCAAGAUGCCGUCAAUGUCAGGACCAAAGAUCUCCAUGCCUGAUGUGGACUUCAAUCUGAAAGGUCCAAAGAUGAAGGGAGAUUUCGAUGUGUCUGGGCCCAAGAUAGAAGGAGACCUCAAAGCACCCAAAGUAGACAUAGAGGGGCCAGAUGUUGACAUUGAAGGUUCAGGAGGAUUUAAGAUGCCAAAGAUGAAGAUGCCAUCAUUUGGAUUCAAAGGACCUAAAUUGGAGGGUCCAGAUGUUGAUGUUAACCUUCCAAGAGCUGAUAUAGACAUCAAAGCUCCCAAAGUGGACAUUAAAGGUCCAGAUCUUGACAUUGAAUGUCCAGAUGGAAAAAUCAAAGGGCCAAAAUUCAAGAUGCCAUCAAUUUCAGGACCAAAGAUCUCCAUGCCCGAUAUGGACUUCAAUCUGAAAGGUCCAAAGAUAAAGGGAGAUUUCGAUGUGUCAGGACCCAAGAUAGAAGGAGACCUCAAAGCACCCAAAGUAGACAUAGAGAGGGCAGAUCUUGACAUUGAAGGUUCAGGAGGAUUUAAGAUGCCAAAGAUGAAGAUGCCAUCAUUUGGAUUCAAAGGACCUAAAUUGGAGGGUCCAGAUGUUGAUGUUAACCUACCAAGAGCUGAUAUAGACAUCAAAGCUCCCAAAGUGGACAUUAAAGGUCCAGAACUUGACAUUGAAGGUCCAGAUGGAAAAAUCAAAGGGCCAAAAUUCAAGAUGCCAUCAAUUUCAGGACCGAAGAUCUCCAUGCCUGAUGUGGAUUUCAACCUAAAAGGUUCAAAGAUGAAAGGAGAUUUCGAUGUGUCAGGGCCCAAGAUAGAAGGAGACCUCAAAGCACCCAAAGUAGAGAUAGAAGGGCCAGAUCUUGACAUUGAAGGUUCAGGAGGAUUUAAGAUGCCAAAGAUGAAGAUGCCAUCAUUUGGAUUCAAAGGACCUAAAUUGGAGGGUCCAGAUGUUGAUGUUAACCUACCAAGAGCUGAUAUAGACAUCAAAGCUCCCAAAGUGGACAUUAAAGGUCCAGAACUUGACAUUGAAGGCCCUGAUGGUAAAAUCAAAGGGCCGAAAUUCAAGAUGCCGUCAAUGUCAGGACCAAAGAUCUCCAUGCCCGAUGUGGACUUCAAUCUGAAAGGCCCAAAGGUGAAGGGAGAUUUUGAUAUGUCAGGAGACCUUAAAGCACUCAAAGUAGACAUUGAAGGUCCAGAUCUUGACAUUGAAGGUCCAGAUGGAAAAAUCAAAGGGCCAAAAUUCAAGAUGCCAUCAAUUUCAGGACCGAAGAUCUCCAUGCCCGAUAUGGACUUCAAUCUGAAAGGUCCAAAGAUGAAGGGAGAUUUCGAUGUAUCAGGGCCCAAGAUAGAAGGAGACCUCAAAGCACCCAAAGUAGACAUAGAGGGGCCCGAUGUUGACAUUGAAGGUUCAGGAGGAUUUAAGAUGCCAAAGAUGAAGAUGCCAUCAUUUGGAUUCAAAGGUCCUAAAUUGGAGGGUCCAGAUGUUGAUGUUAACCUACCAAGAGCUGAUAUAGACUUUAAAGCCCCCAAAGUGGACAUUAAAGGUCCAGAACUUGACAUUGAAGGCCCUGAUGGUAAAAUCAAAGGGUCGAAAUUCAAGAUGCCGUCAAUGUCAGGACCAAAGAUCUCCAUGCCUGAUGUGGACUUCAAUCUGAAAGGUCCAAAGAUGAAGGGAGAUUUCGAUGUGUCUGGGCCCAAGAUAGAAGGAGACCUCAAAGCACCCAAAGUAGACAUAGAGGGGCCAGAUGUUGACAUUGAAGGUUCAGGAGGAUUUAAGAUGCCAAAGAUGAAGAUGCCAUCAUUUGGAUUCAAAGGACCUAAAUUGGAGGGUCCAGAUGUUGAUGUUAACCUUCCAAGAGCUGAUAUAGACAUCAAAGCUCCCAAAGUGGACAUUAAAGGUCCAGAUCUUGACAUUGAAGGUCCAGAUGGAAAAAUCAAAGGGCCAAAAUUCAAGAUGCCAUCAAUUUCAGGACCAAAGAUCUCCAUGCCCGAUAUGGACUUCAAUCUGAAAGGUCCAAAGAUGAAGGGAGAUUUCGAUGUGUCAGGGCCCAAGAUAGAAGGAGACCUCAAAACAUCCAAAGUAGAGAUAGAAGGGCCAGAUCUUGACAUUGAAGGUUCAGGAGGAUUUAAGAUGCCAAAGAUGAAGAUGCCAUCAUUUGGAUUCAAAGGACAUAAAUUGGAGGGUCCAGACGUUGAUGUUAACCUACCAAGAGCUGAUAUAGACAUCAAAGCUCUCAAAGUGGACAUUAAAGGUCCAGAACUUGACAUUGAAGGUCCAGAUGGUAAAAUCAAAGGGUCAAAAUUCAAGAUGCCGACAAUAUCAGGACCAAACAUCUCAAUGCCCGACAUGGACUUCAAUCUGAAAGGUCCAAAGAUGAAAGGAGAUUUUGAUGUGUCAGGAGACCUCAAAGCACCCAAAGUAGACAUAGAAGGUCCAGAUGUUGACAUUGAAGGUUCAGGAGGAUUUAAGAUGCCAAAGAUGAAGAUAACAUCAUUUGGAAUCAAAGGACCCAAACUGGAGGGGCCAGAUGUUGAUCUCAACCUUCCUAAAAUCUCCAUGCCCGAUAUGGACUUCAAUCUGAAAGGUCCAAAGAUAAAGGGAGAUUUCGAUGUGUCAGGACCCAAGAUAGAAGGAGACCUCAAAGCACCCAAAGUAGACAUAGAGAGGGCAGAUCUUGACAUUGAAGGUUCAGGAGGAUUUAAGAUGCCAAAGAUGAAGAUGCCAUCAUUUGGAUUCAAAGGACCUAAAUUGGAGGGUCCAGAUGUUGAUGUUAACCUACCAAGAGCUGAUAUAGACAUCAAAGCUCCCAAAGUGGACAUUAAAGGUCCAGAACUUGACAUUGAAGGUCCAGAUGGAAAAAUCAAAGGGCCAAAAUUCAAGAUGCCAUCAAUUUCAGGACCGAAGAUCUCCAUGCCCGAUGUGGAUUUCAACCUAAAAGGUCCAAAGAUGAAAGGAGAUUUCGAUAUGUCAGGGCCCAAGAUAGAAGGAGACCUCAAAGCACCCAAAGUAGAGAUAGAAGGGCCAGAUCUUGACAUUGAAGGUCCAGAACUUGACAUUGAAGGCCCUGAUGGUAAAAUCAAAGGGCCGAAAUUCAAGAUGCCGUCAAUGUCAGGACCAAAGAUCUCCAUGCCCGAUGUGGACUUCAAUCUGAAAGGUCCAAAGAUGAAGGGAGAUUUUGAUAUGUCAGGAGACCUUAAAGCACCCAAAGUAGACAUUGAAGGUCCAGAUCUUGACAUUGAAGGUCCAGAUGGAAAAAUCAAAGGGCCGAAAUUCAAGAUGCCGUCAAUGUCAGGACCAAAGAUCUCCAUGCCUGAUAUGGACUUCAAUCUGAAAGGUCCAAAGAUGAAGGGAGAUUUCGAUGUAUCAGGGUGCAAGAUAGAAGGAGACCUCAAAGCACCCAAAGUUGACAUAGAGGGGCCAGAUGUUGACAUUGAAGGUUCAGGAGGAUUUAAGAUGCCAAAGAUGAAGAUGCCAUCAUUUGGAUUCAAAGGUCCUAAAUUGGAGGGUCCAGAUGUUGAUGUUAACCUACCAAGAGCUGAUAUAGACAUCAAGGCUCCCAAAGUGGACAUUAAAGGUCCAGAACUUGACAUUGAAGGCCCUGAUGGUAAAAUCAAAGGGCCGAAAUUCAAGAUGCCGUCAAUGUCAGGACCAAAGAUCUCCAUGCCUGAUGUGGACUUCAAUCUGAAAGGUCCAAAGAUGAAGGGAGAUUUCGAUGUGUCAGGGCCCAAGAUAGAAGGAGACCUCAAAGCACCCAAAGUAGAGAUAGAAGGGCCAGAUCUUGACAUUGAAGGUUCAGGAGGAUUUAAGAUGCCAAAGAUGAAGAUGCCAUCAUUUGGAUUCAAAGGUCCUAAAUUGGAGGGUCCAGAUGUUGAUGUUAACCUACCAAGAGCUGAUAUAGACAUCAAAGCUCCCAAAGUGGACAUUAAAGGUCCAGAACUUGACAUUGAAGGCCCUGAUGGUAAAAUCAAAGGGCCGAAAUUCAAGAUGCCGUCAAUGUCAGGACCAAAGAUCUCCAUGCCCGAUGUGGACUUCAACCUAAAAGGUCCAAAGAUGAAGGGAGAUUUCGAUGUGUCAGGGCCCAAGAUAGAAGGAGACCUCAAAGCACCCAAAGUAGACAUAGAGGGGCCAGAUGUUGACAUUGAAGGUUCAGGAGGAUUUAAGAUGCCAAAGAUGAAGAUGCCAUCAUUUGGAUUCAAAGGUCCUAAAUUGGAGGGUCCAGAUGUUGAUGUUAACCUACCAAGAGCUGAUAUAGACAUCAAAGCUCCCAAAGUGGACAUUAAAGGUCCAGAACUUGACAUUGAAGGCCCUGAUGGUAAAAUAAAAGGGCCGAAAUUCAAGAUGCCAUCAAUUUCAGGACCAAAGAUCUCCAUGCCCGAUGUGGACUUCAACCUGAAAGGCCCAAAGGUGAAGGGAGAUUUUGAUAUGUCAGGAGACCUUAAAGCACCCAAAGUAGACAUUGAAGGUCCAGAUCUUGACAUUGAAGGUCCAGAUGGAAAAAUCAAAGGGCCAAAAUUCAAGAUGCCAUCAAUUUCAGGACCAAAGAUCUCCAUGCCCGAUGUGGACUUCAAUCUGAAAGGUCCAAAGAUGAAGGGAGAUUUCGAUGUGUCAGGGCCCAAGAUAGAAGGAGACCUCAAAGCACCCAAAGUAGAGAUAGAAGGUCCAGAUGUUGACAUUGAAGGUUCAGGAGGAUUUAAGAUGCCAAAGAUGAAGAUGCCAUCAUUUGGAUUCAAAGGACCUAAAUUGGAGGGUCCAGAUGUUGAUGUUAACCUUCCAAGAGCUGAUAUAGACAUCAAAGCUCCCAAAGUGGACAUUAAAGGUCCAGAUCUUGACAUUGAAGGUCCAGAUGGAAAAAUCAAAGGGCCAAAAUUCAAGAUGCCAUCAAUUUCAGGACCAAAGAUCUCCAUGCCCGAUGUGGACUUCAAUCUGAAAGGUCCAAAGAUGAAGGGAGAUUUCGAUGUGUCAGGGCCCAAGAUAGAAGGAGACCUCAAAGCACCCAAAGUAGACAUAGAAGGGCCAGAUCUUGACAUUGAAGGUUCAGGAGGAUUUAAGAUGCCAAAGAUGAAGAUGCCAUCAUUUGGAUUCAAAGGACCUAAAUUGGAGGGUCCAGAUGUUGAUGUUAACUUUCCAAGAGCUGAUAUAGACAUCAAAGCUCCCAAAGUGGACAUUAAAGGUCCAGAUCUUGACAUUGAAGGUCCAGAUGGAAAAAUCAAAGGGCCAAAAUUCAAGAUGCCAUCAAUUUCAGGACCAAAGAUCUCCAUGCCCGAUGUGGACUUCAACCUGAAAGGCCCAAAGGUGAAGGGAGAUUUUGAUAUGUCAGGAGACCUUAAAGCACCCAAAGUAGACAUUGAAGGUCCAGAUCUUGACAUUGAAGGUCCAGAUGGAAAAAUCAAAGGGCCAAAAUUCAAGAUGCCAUCAAUUUCAGGACCAAAGAUCUCCAUGCCCGAUGUGGACUUCAAUCUGACAGGUCCAAAGAUGAAGGGAGAUUUCGAUGUGUCAGGGCCCAAGAUAGAAGGAGACCUCAAAGCACCCAAAGUAGACAUAGAAGGGCCAGAUCUUGACAUUGAAGGUUCAGGAGGAUUUAAGAUGCCAAAGAUGAAGAUGCCAUCAUUUGGAUUCAAAGGACCUAAAUUGGAGGGUCCAGAUGUUGAUGUUAACCUUCCAAGAGCUGAUAUAGACAUCAAGGCUCCCAAAGUGGACAUUAAAGGUCCAGAACUUGACAUUGAAGGCCCUGAUGGUAAAAUCAAAGGGCCGAAAUUCAAGAUGCCGUCAAUGUCAGGACCAAAGAUCUCCAUGCCCGAUGUGGACUUCAACCUAAAAGGUCCAAAGAUGAAGGGAGAUUUCGAUGUGUCAGGGCCCAAGAUAGAAGGAGACCUCAAAGCACCCAAAGUAGACAUAGAGGGGCCAGAUGUUGACAUUGAAGGUUCAGGAGGAUUUAAGAUGCCAAAGAUGAAGAUGCCAUCAUUUGGAUUCAAAGGUCCUAAAUUGGAGGGUCCAGAUGUUGAUGUUAACCUACCAAGAGCUGAUAUAGACAUCAAAGCUCCCAAAGUGGACAUUAAAGGUCCAGAACUUGACAUUGAAGGCCCUGAUGGUAAAAUCAAAGGGCCGAAAUUCAAGAUGCCAUCAAUUUCAGGACCAAAGAUCUCCAUGCCUGAUGUGGACUUCAACCUGAAAGGCCCAAAGGUGAAGGGAGAUUUUGAUAUGUCAGGAGACCUUAAAGCACCCAAAGUAGACAUUGAAGGUCCAGAUCUUGACAUUGAAGCACCCAAAGUAGACAUAGAGGGGCCAGAUGUUGACAUUGAAGGUUCAGGAGGAUUUAAGAUGCCAAAGAUGAAGAUGCCAUCAUUUGGAUUCAAAGGUCCUAAAUUGGAGGGUCCAGAUGUUGAUGUUAACCUACCAAAAGCUGAUAUAGACAUCAAAGCCCCCAAAGUGGACAUUAAAGGUCCAGAACUUGACAUUGAAGGCCCUGAUGGUAAAAUCAAAGGGCCAAAAUUCAAGAUGCCGUCAAUAUCAGGACCAAAGAUCUCCAUGCCUGAUGUGGACUUCAAUCUGAAAGGCCCAAAGGUGAAGGGAGAUUUUGAUAUGUCAGGAGACCUUAAAGCACCCAAAGUAGACAUUGAAGGUCCAGAUCUUGACAUUGAAGGUCCAGAUGGAAAAAUCAAAGGGCCAAAAUUCAAGAUGCCAUCAAUUUCAGGACCAAAGAUCUCCAUGCCCGAUGUGGACUUCAAUCUGAAAGGUCCAAAGAUGAAGGGAGAUUUCGAUGUGUCAGGGCCCAAGAUAGAAGGAGACCUCAAAGCACCCAAAGUAGACAUAGAGGGGCCAGAUGUUGACAUUGAAGGUUCAGGAGGAUUUAAGAUGCCAAAGAUGAAGAUGCCAUCAUUUGGAUUCAAAGGACCUAAAUUGGAGGGUCCAGAUGUUGAUGUUAACCUACCAAAAGCUGAUAUAGACAUCAAAGCCCCCAAAGUGGACAUUAAAGGUCCAGAACUUGACAUUGAAGGCCCUGAUGGUAAAAUCAAAGGGCCGAAAUUCAAGAUGCCGUCAAUGUCAGGACCAAAGAUCUCCAUGCCUGAUGUGGACUUCAAUCUGAAAGGUCCAAAGAUGAAGGGAGAUUUCGAUGUGUCAGGGCCCAAGAUAGAAGGAGACCUCAAAGCACCCAAAGUAGACAUAGAGGGGCCAGAUGUUGACAUUGAAGGUUCAGGAGGAUUUAAGAUGCCAAAGUGGAAGAUGCCAUCAUUUGGAUUCAAAGGUCCUAACUUGGAGGGUCCAGAUGUUGAUGUUAACUUACCAAGAGCUGAUAUAGACAUCAAAGCCCCCAAAGUGGACAUUAAAGGUCCAGAACUUGACAUUGAAGGCCCUGAUGGUAAAAUCAAAGGGCCAAAAUUCAAGAUGCCGUCAAUAUCAGGACCAAAGAUCUCCAUGCCCGAUGUGGACUUCAACCUGAAAGGCCCAAAGGUGAAGGGAGAUUUUGAUAUGUCAGGAGACCUUAAAGCACCCAAAGUAGACAUUGAAGGUCCAGAUCUUGACAUUGAAGGUCCAGAUGGAAAAAUCAAAGGGCCAAAAUUCAAGAUGCCAUCAAUUUCAGGACCAAAGAUCUCCAUGCCCGAUGUGGACUUCAAUCUGAAAGGUCCAAAGAUGAAGGGAGAUUUCGAUGUGUCAGGGCCCAAGAUAGAAGGAGACCUCAAAGCACCCAAAGUAGAGAUAGAAGGGCCAGAUCUUGACAUUGAAGGUUCAGGAGGAUUUAAGAUGCCAAAGAUGAAGAUGCCAUCAUUUGGAUUCAAAGGUCCUAAAUUGGAGGGUCCAGAUGUUGAUGUUAACCUACCAAGAGCUGAUAUAGACAUCAAAGCUCCCAAAGUAGACAUUAAAGGUCCAGAACUUGACAUUGAAGGCCCUGAUGGUAAAAUCAAAGGGCCGAAAUUCAAGAUGCCUUCAAUAUCAGGACCAAAGAUCUCCAUGCCUGAUGUGGACUUCAAUCUGAAAGGCCCAAAGGUGAAGGGAGAUUUUGAUAUGCCAGGAGACCUUAAAGCACCCAAAGUAGACAUUGAAGGUCCAGAUCUUGACAUUGAAGCACCCAAAGUAGACAUAGAGGGGCCAGAUGUUGACAUUGAAGGUUCAGGAGGAUUUAAGAUGCCAAAGUGGAAGAUGCCAUCAUUUGGAUUCAAAGGUCCAAACUUGGAGGGUCCAGAUGUUGAUGUUAACCUACCAAGAGCUGAUAUAGACAUCAAAGCCCCCAAAGUGGACAUUGAAGGUCCAGAUCUUGACAUUGAAGGUCCAGAUGGAAAAAUCAAAGGGCCAAAAUUCAAGAUGCCGUCAAUGUCAGGACCAAAGAUCUCCAUGCCUGAUGUGGACUUCAAUCUGAAAGGUCCAAAGAUAAAGGGAGACGUGGACAUGUCUGUGCCAAUGAUUGAAGGUGACCUGAAAUCACCCAAAGUAGAUAUUGAAGGUCCAGAUGUUGACAUUGAAGGUUCAGGAGGAUUUAAGAUGCCAAAGAUGAAGAUGCCCUCUAUGUCUGGCCCCAAAAUGUCAAUGCCUGAUAUUGAUUUCAAUCUCAAAGGGCCAAAGUUCAUGGGGGGAGUUGAUGUAAAUCUAGCAAAAGCAGAUAUUAAUGUCAAAGUACCGAAAGGUAGUGUUUCAGACCUUGAGCUUGAUGUUGGGGCUACCAGCCCUAAGGUCAAAGGAUCCAAAUUCAAAAUGCCAAAAUUUGGAUUCAGAAGCCCGAAGGUAGAGAUACCAGAUAUAGAUAUUAACAUACCUAAAGCUGAUGUCGGCAUUAAGGGACCCAGUGUUGACAUUAAAGUUCCGGAAAUUGACAUUGAAUGCCCUGAUGGCAAAAUCAAGGGCCCAAAAUACAAGAUGCCAUCAAUAUCAGGACCAAAGAUCUCCAUGCCUGAUAUGGACUUCAACCUGAAAGGUCCAAAGAUGAAGGGAGAUAUUGAUAUGUCAGGAGACCUCAAAGCACCCAAAGUAGAUAUUGAAGGUCCAGAUGUUGACAUCGAAGGUUCAGGAGGAUUUAAGAUGCCAAAGAUGAAGAUGCCGUCCUUUGGAUUCAAAGGACCCAAACUGGAGGGGCCAGAUGUUGAUCUCAACCUUCCUAAAGCUGACAUUGAUAUUAAGGGGCCUAAUGUUGACAUCAAAGGUCCAGAACUGGACAUUGAAGGCCCAGAUGGUAAAAUCAAAGGGCCAAAAUUCAAGAUGCCAUCCAUAUCUGGACCAAAUAUCUCCAUGCCUGAUAUGGACUUCAACCUGAAAGGUCCAAAGAUGAAGGGAGAUGUUGAUAUGUCAGGAGACCUCAAAGCACCCAAAGUAGACAUUAAAAGUCCAAAUGUUGACAUCGAAGGUUCAGGAGGAUUUAAGAUGCCAAAGAUGAAAAUGCCAUCCUUUGGAUUUAAAGGACCUAACCUGGAGGGUCCGGAUGUCGAUCUCAACCUACCUAAAGCUGACAUUAACGUUGAAGGUCCAGAAAUUGACAUUGAAGGCCCAGAUGGUAAAAUCAGAGGGCCAAAAUUCAAGAUGCCUUCAAUGUCAGGACCAAAGAUAUCAAUGCCAGAUAUGGAUUUCAACCUGAAAGGUCCAACGGUAAAGGGAGACUUUGAUGUGUCAGUCCCCAAGAUCGAAGGAGACCUCAAAGCACCCAAAAUAGACAUUGAAGGUCCAGAUGUUGACAUUGAAGGUUCAGGAGGAUUUAAGAUGCCAAAGAUGAAGAUGCCGUCCUUGGAUUCAAAAGGACCCAAACUGGAGGGGCCAGAUGUUGAUCUCAACCUUCCUAAAGCUGACAUUGAUAUUAAGGGGCCUAAUGUUGACAUCAAAGGUCCAGAACUGGACAUUGAAGGCCCAGAUGGUUCAGGAGGAUUUAAGAUGCCAAAGAUGAAAAUGCCAUCCUUUGGAUUUAAAGGACCUAACCUGGAGGAAAAGCCCCAACUGGAGGGCCCAGAUGUUGAUCUCAACCUUCCUAAAGCUGAAAUUGAUAUUAAGAGGCCAUUUGACAUCACAAGGGUCCAGAAACUGACAUUGAAGGCCCAGAUGGAUCCUGUUCUGAGACCAGUGUCUCAGCAGAUGUUGUAUUACCACUGGGAGUUCUGA